GUUUGGUUGGAGCCGUCAGCGGCACGGGACAAGAAGGGGGUGAAACGAAGAACCGAUCGACUAUUAACUUCUGGCUUCAGAACGGCUGAAUGUUGGACGGGAGAUCUGACGUAGGCUGGUUUACGGAAAAAAACGCAUUUGUUGCAUUCAGGGGUGACGGAUCUGAUCAGCGCGGAUGACAAAAAGGCGUCGUGGUGCAAACUUUCUCAGCCGGGGUUGAUCGCUCGUAAAGACCCAACCAGGGAUUGUGAUUUCUUUUUUAACGGGGACGUACUGAAGUGAACAUCAUGCCACGGCGUACCGUGCAAGAAGUAACAGUGCAAGAUGUCCAGAAACGAAGAAACCCGAACAAACACUAUGUUUACAUCAUCAAAGUGUCCUGGAGCGAUGGCAGCACCGAAAUCAUUUACAGACGCUACAGCAAGUUUUUUGACCUGCAGAUGGAACUGCUGGACAAAUUCCCAGUGGAAGGAGGCCAAAAAGACCCUAAGCGCAGGAUUAUUCCAUUCCUACCAGGGAAGAUCCUGUUUAGGAGGAGCCACAUCAGAGAUGUGGCCAUGAAAAGGCUGAGGCCCAUCAAUGAAUACUGCAGGGCUCUCAUUCAGCUGCCGGUCUACAUUUCCCAGUGUGAGGAGGUCAGAGUGUUUUUUGAGACCAGACCUGAAGACCUCAACCCACCCAAGGAGGAACCAAUUGGAAAGAAGAAAUCAGGACUUGUGGACAGAGCGACUACUUUCCUAAAGAGAGGAGACUCCACCUCAGCAGAUCCUCUCCUCCUUGACCAGUAUGUGGCAGUAACAGACUAUGAGAAGCAGGAGAGCUCUGAGAUCAGUCUACAUGUGGGUCAGGUGGUGGAGGUCAUUGAGAAAAAUGAGUCUGGGUGGUGGUUUGUGAGCUCAGAGGAUGCCCAGGGCUGGGUCCCUGCCACCUGCCUUGAGGCACAAGAUGACCCUGAUGACUUCAGUCUUCCAGGGGAAGAAGAAGAGAAGUAUUCAGUGAUUUACCCAUACUCCGCCCGGGACCAGGAUGAGAUUGACCUGGAGAGAGGCAUGAUUGUGGAGGUGAUUCAGAAGAACUUGGAGGGCUGGUGGAAGAUAAGGUAUCAGGGCCGCGAGGGCUGGGCCCCAGCUUCCUACCUGAAGAAGAGUGACCUUCAGGGCCAGAAGCAGUCAGCAGGCGGUGCUGCACAUGCCAGUACAAACGACCUAGAUGGAUUUUCUAAACAGAACCAGCAAAACAAUACAACCAAAGAGAACCGAGAUAAUGGCCAGAAAGAGAACAGGCUCUCACUAUUCUCUGAUAACAAAAGAGUGGGAUUAAGACAAAGACCUCCUCCACGCAGAGAUCUUACCAUUCCACGUGGUGCAAACCUUCCCAAGCCACCCAUUCCUCCUCAGGUUGAGGAAGAGUUCUACACCAUAGCAGACUUCCAGACCACCAUCCCUGAUGGAAUCAGCUUCCAGGCUGGAAUCAAAGUCGAGGUGAUUGAGAAGAAUGGAAGUGGUUGGUGGUACAUCCAGAUAGAUGAAAAAGAAGGCUGGGCCCCUGCCACAUUUAUUGACAAGUACAAGAAGACUAGUACUGUCCCACGACCAAAUUUCCUUGCCCCUUUGCCCAAUGAGAUGGAAGAUGGUGGUUCUUCAAAUGACAACUGGUCCAAGCCUUUACCAGAUGAGCCAACUACAGCCUCUGAGUCCUGUGCAAGGCCUAAACUGAGAGAUUGGAAGUCCAGUGCCAAAGGGUCCUUCCCUGGGCCAUUACCUCCAGCCCCAGCUGCCCCUCCAGUCGAGGAGAAACCAGCUCUGCCACCUCGAAGGGAGUCCAUAAAUAAGAGCUUUGAAUUGGAGGUAGCAGAGAAACCAAGAUCAGAUCAUUCCAAGCCUUUACCCCCAAAGCCCCCAGCUCCUGGGGUCAUCAUGCCACUGGUUCCGCCUAAGGCAGCACCUCCCUUAAAAUCAGACAAACCACAAGAGACCAAAAAAGAAGACAAAAGCAAAGCUCUUCACCUUCGGAAUGAGAUGGGUCUUGAAUGUGGUCACAAGGUCUCUGCUAAAGAGGUGAAGAAGUUUAAUCUGAAACCUGUACCUAAACAGCCACCAAAACCGAAAUCAGAAGACAAAUCAGAGGAGAAACCAGAAGCAGCUGGCCCAGCUGCGUUUAUAAAGCCCAAGCCAGUGAUUCGACCUAAGCCUGUUCCAGCUGCCAAGCCAGAUUCCCCAGCAGAGAACAAACUUGACAUCACCAACCUGAGAAGCAAGCUGAGGCCGUCAAAACCUGCUGAUCUUGGUUCUGCAUCAGCAGAGGUGAACGACAGCUCAGCAGCAGUAAAUAGUUCCCAUCCGAGUUCACCCUCUAACUCUCCCCCCAUCCACAUCCCUUCUCUCAAUAAUGGCAAAUACUGUGACGAACCAAAAUUCCCCCCAAAACAUAUGAAUGGUCAUAGCCAGGACAGCUCAUCACCCCCUGGGAAACCAGCAGUGCCUCCCCACAAGGAACCUCCUCAGAGACCCCCCAGCAUGGUUCCAAAGAGACCUCCUCCUCCAAAGAAGACAGACCCAUCCAGCCCAACUGAGCUCAAAGCUCCACCUGCCCUAAAAGAAGCCCUGGACAUUCCCAAAUCUGGACCACCCGCACUAAGCAGACCCCCUCCCCCUAAACCUAAAGGGCUUGUGGCACCACCUCCAAACAAAGAGAAAGAAGAGUCCAAGGUUAAUAGAAUCCCGAUUCCUUCCAAACCCCAGUUGAAGAGUGAGAAGCCCGGCCCACCAAAGGACAAGCUUCCACCUUUACUCAAGGAGUCCAGUAAGGACGAUCUGUAUUUGGCUGUGGCGGACUUUGAAGGGGAUGAUCCAACAUCCAGCUUCAAGGUGGGUACAGUGUUUGAGGUGCUGGAAAAAAACAGCAGUGGCUGGUGGUUCUGUAAAAAUGUAGGACAAGAAGUCGAGGGCUGGAUCCCCUCGAAUUACUUGAGCAAAAAACCUUAGGCAGUGAAUGUGCUGUUAAAGUCAUCGCCAUAUGAACAAAUAAACUAGGGAUUUAAAUGAACAAAAUAUCACUACUUUGUAGCUAAUUACCAUUUUUUAUUUAUAGGUACCUUUUUUUUUAUUGACACGUUUUGUUAUGUAUCAUUUUGAUGAGGAUAUUCUACCGAAACUGAACCAGCAAUAACACAUGACCUUGUUGGGUCUUGUGAUGUUUACUUUGUUUUUGUUUUUAUCUAAAUAUUACAUGAAAUGUUAGGUGGAUUCAUUGCCACAUGCUAGUCGCAGCCUGUGUUAGUCUUGCCAUCAGAUAGGCUAGAUGGUAGAACAGCAGUAGAUGCAUCUCCACCCAUGCCUUCUAUGAUACGGUGCCUAAAUAUUAUAUGCAAAGUGCUUAAUAUACCAUAUGCAACUGUAGAUGUCGUCCCUGUUGGAAUCUUAAAAAAGUAGAAAUCAAAAAUCUCUGUCAAGGGAGACACCAGAUGUUCAAACCCUGACAGUCUUUUCACAGUAGUGAAGGAAAAGAAAAAAAAAGAAAAGCUAAAAUCCCAUAGACAGAGAGACUGCACAUGAACUCACUGGGGGAGUUCAAUGACUACAUAUGGGCUUCAAGUGCUAGUAGCAAUUACUACAAGAGAUGUCUUUGCCAAGUAGAAGUGCUGUUUGUUAUACUAUAAACAUGCCUAAUUAGUUUUUGUGUUAUUGUAAUGCUUUUCUUCUUUUUACUACAUAAUUAAUGUUGCAGUGACCUGUGACAGAUGUGCACUUUUACAGCCAUUUCAGAUGAGGUAAGGUUAAGGUUUGCACAUGCUGAAGGAUUGGGAAGAAUGCCACAGUGCAUUUAAUUUCUUAGUUUUACUGGUCAUUGUAUUGGCAAUGCUCUUUUUUUUAUACUCACUGUAACAAAAUAUCAACAAGUGUAAAGAUGAGGCUACAGCAAGCCUUAAGAAUUCUGUGUAAAAGUAUCUUAUCAUAUCAUACCCAAAAGAGAGAAUUGUGAAAUGUGACUUGUCAAGCACAUCUGCAUAUCUGUACCAGACGUCUGACCAAGCAUAAGAAAUUGGAGAUCUACAGUGAUUUGUGCAAUGAUUUACAGUAUUGUAAGUGUACAGUCUGUUCAUAACCGAAGUUUGGUGCUCAAAUAACAACAAAGUAUGUAUAAAAAAUGUUUUACAUUAAUGCUUGACUGGUCUCAAGCAUGGUCAGUAUGUCAAAGUAUUUUUUAUUGUACAGUAAUGAGAGGCAUAUCUUAACUGUUGUCACUUUUCUUUGAUGGUCCACCUGUUAGGUAUUUUAAUGCUGUACUGAUGAAGAGAAUAGAAAGACUGAGAAAGAAUUUGGUUGGUUGAUUCCUGUGAUUUGCUAAUAAAAGCAAAUAAAGAGGGCUUUUUCUGUCAAGAGAUGAAUUAAAAUAAGUAAGUUCUGAAAAAGUAUAUUAAACAGCUUGUCCAGAAAUGGUUUAAUAUGCAUCUUUAAAUUCUUAGGUUAAAGUAAAUAAGCAAAAUUUGAAAAGAAAAAUGUAUGUUAAUGAUUCUGGAGACAAUCAGACAAAGCUACAAGCUGUAACAAUGAUUCUGUUCUGCUUCUAGUUGCUAUAAUGUUAUACCUCCGUUUACCCCGUUUUAUACAGAAGUGACAGUAAAUUAAAGAUUAAAUACACCGGAAAUGGUAUUCAGAAAUAAUAUGUGGCUAAAAGACAGUAAGGUACAGUACAGUACAAGGAAAAUUGUAUGGGUUGAUGGUGUCAUCAUUUCAGUAUUGUAAUCUAUUUACUUAUUUGCUAUGUGUUUUUCAUUACAUCGUGUCUCCUUUUACGUAAAUCAAUAAAAGUUUCUGAU